AUCGCAACACAACACAACACAGAUUAAAUUUAAACGGAUCUCAAUUCACUUCUGACUCGCAAUUUCAUUUCGUUUUGAAAAUCUGUGGAACUGAGCAAUUUGCAGCUGCACUAAUUGAUCAUCUCAUGGACGGUCAUGAUUCACAAGACCCAAAGCAAAGCCCUGCUGAUAUGACAGCUUUUGUGCAAAAUCUUCUUCAGCAGAUGCAAAGUAGGUUCCAGACAAUGUCCGACUCCAUUGUUACAAAGAUUGAUGAUAUGGGAAACCGUAUAAAUGAGUUGGAGCAAAGCAUCAAUGACUUAAGAGCAGAGAUGGGAGUGGAGUGCUCUCCAUCACCCGAGGCCCCUGCUAAGCCAAAGGAAGAAGAAUUGAUCAAAGAAGAGGGUUCAGCUUAAGUGGCGUUUUUAUUUUAAUUGCCUAUUGUUCUUGUCUUGCAUUGCACAGGAUUGGUAUUGUGUGUCUAUCUUUGUCUGCAGUAGUGUGGUUCAGAAAAUAGAUGUGCUGUGUGGCUAGAGUGCACCCGAUCAUUUGUAGCUAAAUCACCUCACUGUUCGAACUGAAAACAAACUACUGCUGACUAACUCUUUUUAUUUUUAUUUUUUUAAUGAUUUAAGGAUACUCCUACUGUUUUAUAUUGGAA